AAUGUCUCUUCCAAAUUUGUUUUCGACUAUGUAGUUUUAUAUCUUUCAACUCCAACUACUAUCAAUAACCCCUUAAACUCAAUCAAAUGGCUGAUGUGGAGGAAGAGGAAGCUCCUCCAGAGACUGUAGAUGAUCAAAAUGGGGAACAAGAAGCUAAGGAGGAUCUCGAAGGAAAAGGCGAAGACGAAAACGAAGACGCUGACGAGCAGGGUGAAGAGGAACAGGAGUCUGAGGAAGAAGAAAAAGAUCUCUUUGAACUUCUGAACGAAAGCGAGGAGGACGACGAGGAAGAGCAGGCAAUGUACAAGGAAUAUCUGGAGGUGAUCAAGGAGAUUGACACCCAGAACAUGAUCAUUAAAGACCUAAAGGCAGAGUCGACUCGAUUGAUGUACAAGAAGUGCAAGACCUACAAGGACAAGCAGGAGUACAAGCGACUGAGGGCCUGUCAGGAUCAGGAGGACAUCCAUCUGAGGGCACUGGUCAAUCGUGCCAUUCAACUGCAGAACUUUGGAUCUCCCAGGCGGUACGGAGAUGUGGAGAUGGAGGUCACAGAAACCGAGCAGAGUUACUUCUUCACUGCUCUUCAGUCGUCCUCCUCAGGGACAUGCAUAGUUCACUCGGAUGCCGAAUCCUGCCAAGAAUGUUGCUUCUUAGAUUCGGACUCAGAUUCAGAUUAUGCCCCGUGCUGUUCGUAAUUCUGAGCUACUUUGUUGGGAAUAGUUUAGGGGUUGUGAUGUGGUACUGAUUGAAGUGUGGAUCUGUAAAGGAGUUCUUAGCUAUGAAACCAUUUAAAAUUAAACACUUAAAAUUUAAAACGUUGGAUAUUAUAUCUUAUUAUCAAGUUGGUA